CCUGAAUGCGGAUGCGGAAGUGAGCGGGUUCCGGAGCUUGGGACAUGGAGUCCGGGCAGCAGCCGGUGUGGCGCAGCUUAGGGCUGCUUGGCCGAAGCGCGGAGGGUCCCGGGCUCGGUCCGGGCAACUGUGAGAAGAGGCUGCUGUGGGCCGCUUCGUUGCUCUGCGUCUUGUUGGAUCUACAGUUGCCAGGUUUGUUGGCUGCUGGGCAAGCUGAGAUUGACAACCAUCUAGAAAUGGGUCGGAAGCUAUUGGCUGCUGGGCAGCUGGCCGAAGCCCUUUCACACUACCAUUCAGCAGUGGAAAUCGAUCCGAAAAAUUACCUUACCUAUUACAAGCGGGCCACCAUUUACCUGGCUAUGGGCAAGUUUAAAUCAGCAUUGCCGGAUCUCUCCAAAGCUAUUGAACUCAAGCCGGACUUCCUUGCGGCCCGGCUUCAGCGAGGCAACAUCCUUCUGAAACAAGGAUACACCCAGGAAGCAAAACAAGACUUUGAAGCUGUGCUCAAGAACAAUCCGGAUGAUACCGAGGCCCAGAACCAGCUGUCUAGAGUCACUGAGCGAGAAUUUUCCAUGCAAGAAGCUCAAACUGCCUUUCAGAAAAAAAACUACCUGGGAGCGGUCAGUUUUCUGGAUCGAGUCAUUGAGAUCUCUCCUUGGGAUCCAGAACCCAAAGAGCUGCGCUCCGAGUGCUUCCUCCAUCUUGGGGACUACCACAAGGCCAUCAUGGACUUGAAGCCCACCACUAAGCUGCGGAAUGACAACAGGGCUGCCUUUCUUAAACUCAGCAAACUCUAUUACAACUUGGGAGAACACGAAGAGUCCUUAACCCAAGUGCGGGAGUGCUUGAAGUUGGAUCAAGAUGACAAGGACUGUUUUUCCCACUACAAGCAAGUGAAGAAGCUCACCAAGCAGCUGGAAUCUGCUGAGGAGCACAUCAAAGCUCAGAGAUAUGCAGAUGCCAUAGAGAAGUACAAAGCCACCAUGAAAACGGAACCCAACGUGGAGAUCUACACCAUAAAAGCGAAAGGCCGGAUUUGCCACUGUUUAUCCAAGAGCAAACGGACUGCAGAAGCAAUAGAUCUCUGCAGCGAAGCCCAUCAGCUGGAUCCCAGAAAUACCUUUAUCCUGCGGGACCGAGCAGAGGCCUUCAUCCUUAAUGAAGAAUUUGAGAAAGCCAUUGAAGAUUAUCAAGAAGCGAAAGAAUUUGAUGCUGAAAACGAGGAAUUAAAAGAGGGGCUCGAAAAGGCGCAGAAACUGCUAAAACAAUCCAAGAAGAGGAACUAUUACAAAAUUCUUGGAAUUCAGAGGAACGCCAACAAGCAGGAGAUCAUCAAAGCAUACCGAAAACUGGCUCAGCAGUGGCACCCCGACAAUUUCCAAUCGGAAGAUGAGAAAAAGGAAGCCGAGAAAAAAUUCAUCGACAUAGCAGCUGCUAAAGAGGUCCUGACAGAUCCAGAAAUGCGACAGAAAUUCGACUCGGGCGAGGAUCCUUUAGACCCUGAAAAUCAACAAGGAGGAUCAGGACAUCAGCACCAGUGGGCGUCCGAAUUUAACCCCUUUGGCUCUGGGAACUUCCAUUUUAAGUUUCACUUUAAUUAAUCCGCUUGAGCCGCUGCCCCCGCCCCACCCCACCCCCCGAAGACAAACGCAAACACCUUCUUGGCCAGUGAGUUGAUGCACAAAGAGGACCAAUAACAACUCCAACGCAAAUGGAACCUGGAGUGGGGGGGGAGGGAGGUUAGUUUCCUUAUUUAUAUAUUCAAGUAUCCCUUUCCAGAUUACCGGAAGUUUGCUCCUCAGGAUAGUAACCCAGGACUACAAAGAAGAUGGCGGCCUCUCGCUCCUAGCUGCGAUUCCCACGAAAAACAGUGACCGGGAGAAGGGGAUUUAUGAUGCAUGCAGAGCCUUAAACCCGUCCGUUCAAUUCCCGCCUUUCUUAGGGAUGUUUUCAAAGUUCGGUUGAGCUCAAUCCUUGUAGUCCAUCUAGACAUCUUUUGUUCGUCGCACCUCCAAGACCCAGGGAAGCUCCGGCAGUUCUACGAUCCGUCGCCCUUUUGCCAAAAAAACCCGUUCAUUUUUAAAAUCCCUGCAAGGCGAUGGUGUGCCCCCCCUUUCCCGCUCCCCCUUUCUCCUCCCCCUUUCUUUUUUAAAGGAAAGCAUGUCAUUUUGCGUUCACCUUCCCAAAGGAAAAAGCUUGGCCGGACACAUUGACAUUUUGAGUCGCGCCACGCGUCGGGACGGUUUCCGGUAACCGAUGCCGAUGGAAGAGAAAAGGCCAGCUGUCUCCCUGCCGAGAAUUGCAGUUUUGUAUGUCAUCUCUCGGUAGGGAAGGAGUUGUGUGUGUGGGUGGUGGGGUGUUGUUAUAAACUUUGGGGCCAAGGUUUGUUCGACCUUGGAAGGAGGAGGAAACCCCUGUGUCAGACUUGGGGGGGGGAAAAAUGGGAAGAAAAAUAAGAUUGGUGGUUGCUUUUGAGCCUUUCUGGAUGGUAUUCUUUAUUGAUAAGACAUUGGUUUUGCACAUUGAUUGCUCCUUCUUUCAAAUACUGGAGGAGGACAUGAAGAACAGUAUGGAUUCGGAGACAAACACUGAUAGCUUUCACUCUUCCGUGACAUUCCCCUCUGUCCUGGAAUUUAAUAUUUUUCAGGCAUAAUCCGACAGCUCUACCCACUGACCGCGAACGCCCUCAUUUUCUACAGUUAGUUAAAAAAAAUUUUUUUUCUCCUCCUCCUCCUCCUCCUCUUCCAGUCAUUACCAGUCUAGUACAGUCAUUACAUAAAGCCCGGUCUGCUUCAGUUGUUAUCAUAUGAGUCCAGGGGAGGAUUAAAAAAAAAUAAAAAAUAAGGAGAGGUAUUAAUAUCCUGUCUUUACCAGAGAAAAGUGUCAAGAUUAAAAGUUUCGUAUUGCAGAAAUAAUUGAUUUUCAUUCCCCCUCCCCUUCAACCUUUAGCAUUUUUUGCUGGAGCAAAGGUGGAGGAAGCAACCAAAAGUGCUGAGUUAAGAAGGCUGAAGGUUUUUCAGAGUUAUUUGCCUCCGGAAGUUCCGAGCCAGAAGAAAAGAAAAGAAAAAAAAGAAAAAAGAAAAAUCCAAACUAAAAUACAUUUUAACUCGGGUCGAAAGCGAGGCGUUUUAAACUGGGUGCAGUUGGGUGAGCCUGGAGUACGGAGGGCUAGGGCUGUGCGUAAAACAGAAAUGUUUUUUGUUUCCGGUCCUGAAUGAAAUAGAUCGAAUUUGGAACAUUC